GCCGUGAAGUGCUAGAGUGUGUCCGUGGCUCGUGAGAAUCCCGCCCGCCUUUCCCCGCCGGAUGGCUUGAAGGGCAGUGCUACGUCACAUUCUUCGCUGCCCCACAGUGCGCCACAAGCGAAGUGACGCACAUCCCCCGUGCUCGGAAGUUGCUAACAGCUGCCAUAAGCCGAAUGGGAAAUGAUUAGCUCAAUCGAUAAAUCUUGCGGUUAACCGAGCCAAGCGGGUCGUAGCGGUCGGUGUGUGCUUUGUGCGCUUAUAGUUUGGCUUUUCUCACGCUCGCGGCUGCCAGGAGACCCAGUGCCGUUCUCGAACCAAGUGGCGCAGCGGAGAGGUCAUAAAAACACACCGCGGCGGUUCCGUCGCGUGCCUGCCGUUUCGAGAUGUUUGUCAAAAUCUGUCUAGUGGCACUGUUUGGCAUUAGCUGUGCGGCCUUCAGCGGUGCCAUACCGAGCGUGGCGGGACACAGCAGGACCACCUCCGGUGGCGAUGUCUUCACCAGUUCCUUUCUGGUGCGCUUCAGGCGCAGCGUCGACAAGCAGCUGGUACACGACAUUGCGUCCCGCAACGGGUUCCAGAGCUUGGGCGAGCUUCCGGGCAGCAAUGGCAAGGAGUACCACUUCAAGCAUACCACCCUGCCGCUGGUUCGCACCAGGCGAAGCAUCUCCCAUACGCGCGUCCUGAAGAAGGAGCCGCUGGUCCACACAGCCAUACAGCAGGCCGGAUUCAAGCGCGUUAAGCGUGGCUUCCGUCACGCGGUUCCACUCAACUACAUCCCGGAUAAGACGCCGUACGGAGGUGAGAACAUUCCGACCGACCCGUACUUUCCCUUUCAAUGGUACUUGAAGAACACCGGUCAAAACGGUGGCAAAGCCAAGCUCGACCUCAACGUGCUGGCCGCGUGGGACCAAGGGAUUACGGGAAAAAACAUCACAACGGCCAUUAUGGACGACGGAGUCGAUUAUAUGCAUGCCGACCUAAAGUUUAACUACAAUGCCGAGGCUAGUUAUGACUUUAGCAGCAAUGAUCCGUUCCCCUAUCCACGGUACACGGAUGAUUGGUUCAAUAGCCAUGGCACGAGAUGCGCCGGUGAAGUGGCCGCCGCCCGCGAUAACGGCAUCUGUGGCGUUGGGGUGGCGUACGACUCGAAAAUAGCCGGCAUCCGGAUGCUGGACCAACCGUACAUGACCGAUUUGAUCGAGGCGAACUCGAUGGGGCACGAGCCGCACAAGAUACACAUCUACAGUGCGUCGUGGGGCCCGACGGACGAUGGUAAGACGGUCGAUGGACCCCGCAAUGCUACGAUGCGUGCGAUCGUACAGGGUGUCAACGAGGGCCGGAACGGUCUCGGCAACAUCUACGUGUGGGCCUCGGGAGAUGGCGGCGAGGAGGAUGAUUGCAACUGUGAUGGGUACGCGGCCUCGAUGUGGACCAUUUCGAUCAACAGUGCGAUCAACGACGGCCAGAAUGCACACUACGACGAGAGCUGUAGCUCCACGCUGGCCAGCACGUUCAGCAAUGGCGCAAAGGAUCCCAACACGGGUGUGGCAACGACCGAUCUGUAUGGCAAGUGUACGACAACGCACUCCGGAACGAGUGCAGCGGCACCGGAAGCGGCCGGAGUAUUUGCGUUGGCACUGGAAGCAAAUCCAACGCUUUCGUGGCGGGAUAUGCAACACUUGACGGUGCUCACAUCGAAGCGUAACUCACUGUUCGAUGCCAAGAAUCGGUUCCACUGGACAAUGAACGGUGUCGGGCUAGAGUUUAACCAUCUGUUCGGGUUCGGAGUGCUGGACGCGGGCGCAAUGGUUGCACUGGCGAAAAAAUGGCGAACGGUCCCUCCACGGUAUCACUGCGAAGCCGGUGCCAUCACGCAGCUACAUCAAAUAUCACCCUCCGGCUCACUGUACUUGCCCAUCAAGACGAAUGCCUGCAAGGGAACGGACACGGAAGUGCGAUACCUGGAGCACGUGCAGGCCGUCAUCACCGCGAACGCCAGUAGGCGUGGAGAUUUGGAGCUGUUUCUGACAUCGCCCAUGGGAACCAGAUCAAUGAUACUGAGCAAGCGGGCCAAUGAUGAUGAUCGUCGUGAUGGGUUUACCAAAUGGCCGUUCAUGACGACACACACUUGGGGUGAAUACCCGCAAGGAACGUGGAUACUGGAGGCACGGUUCAACUCAAAGGAAAGUCGCACCGGUUGGAUCAAGGAAUUUUCGCUCGUGCUACACGGCACGAAGGAUCCACCGUACCAGACCCUGUCGCCGGCCUCGCCACACUCCAAGCUAGCCAUUGUAAAGAAAGCUCACGAGGAUAAGGAUGGCAACUGAAGCCAUUCUGCGGUUCGCGGUACCACAUUAUACUAGUAGUACGUGUGACGAUGCCAGGACCUGAUAUCGUUACACCUAUAGAUAUAUACAUACAUAUAUAUAUAUUUAUACAUAUGGAUGUUUGCAGUAUUUAUGUUAUGGGGUUCGCUGAGAAUUCUUAUCUAGUGCAGCUUUCCAUCGUCUAUUAUCGAACCACCACAAAAAGCGGAGCGCAGAAUAGAAUCCAACACGCAAGUUCCCGGUCUAGAAUGCAGCAUGAACUGGCACCGAUCCCGUUUCCUACCGAGCCUCCUAGAACACCAUCACCCAAAAGAACACCGCAGCGACGGCGGGCACGGACAAAACGCUAAGAACCACGUGUCUCUGGCUGGACCGGUUCUGAUUGUUGUCUAAUUAUACCUAUUCGAAACUCUGUUGCACCUUCCGUUGAUGGUUAUGGUUCCGUUUGACCCAUCUUUUGGCUCGGAUCACUCGUCCGUGGGGCAGAUUAAUUUGUAUAUAGUGCGUAUAAAGUACAGUGCUUCUAUAUUUACCGAAAAACACGUUCGCCAGGGCUGGGUUUACCUAUCUGUGCUGCUGGCCAAUGGAAGCGAGUUUUGGCGAUAAUACAUACAGUCCACCGAAUCUGUCAGCAACAGUAGCA